AUGGCUUAUAAUGUAGAAGACAAUCCAAUAAAUCUUCAAGAAGUCUUGUUAUCUCUGGAUGCAGAUUUGUGGCACGAAGCUAUUAAUGAUGAGAUAGAUUCUCUGAAAUCUAACAAGACCAUGCACUUAGUAGACUUGUCUCCUGGUUGCAAAUCAGUCGAUUGUAAAUGGGUUUUGAAUAUGAAAUUAAAACCUGAUAGAACAAUUGAUAAGUACAAGACUCAGUUUCUAGCCAAAGGUUUUAGGAAAAGGGAAAAUAUAGAUUUCUUCGAUACCUUUUCACCUAUCACUCGAAUUAUAUCCAUUAGAACCGUAAAUGAUGUGAUAUCAUUAUUGUGCAACAACUUUGAUAUGAAAGACCUCAGAGAAACGAUCGUGAUUCUUGGUAUCAAGAUCACGAGAUAUGAUCAAGGAAUUUCUUUAGAUCAAUCACACUAUGUGGAAAAGAUAUUAAAGAAAUAA